CGCACAACAGAGCGGUCGCUACGGGGGAGUUCGCUUUCACUUGUUCCUUUUCACCGCGGAUUUCACCAGCGAUUUAAACACCAACUCCAGCGUGUGUUUUUACCGUAAAGGCGGCUUCUUUACGCACGGAUAUGGAGCGGCCACACGGGCACCAGCGCCUCUGAGGAGACUCCCCGGGAAAGUUUAAAGAGGGGUGUCAUCUCGAAACCCCGAGAUCAUGGCAGCGGGUACACACUCGCCAGGAGGGCCCAAUGGCAUCAUCCGGAGUCAGUCGUUCGCUGGAUUCAGCACACUACAGGAGCGGAGAUCACGGUGUAACUCGUUCAUGGGAAAUUCAGCUGUGCAGAAGAAGCCCCAGUCUAAGCCCAAAAAGCCUCACCUGUCUGGACACAAAGGAGGCAGUGGGUCCCGGGAGCCACAGCCCAAAAGACUGGAGGAGGUUUACACUGCUUUGCGACAAGGCCUGGAUGAAUACCUAGAAGUCCAUCAAACAGAACUGGACAAGCUCAUGUUGCUGAUGAAGGACAUGAAGAGAAAUUCUCGUCUGGGAGUACUGUACGAUCUCGACAAGCAAAUCAAAAGCAUAGAGCGGUACAUGAGACGACUGGAGUUUCACAUGAGUAAGGUGGAUGAGCUGUACGAGGCAUUUUGCAUCCAGAGUCGAUUGCGGGAUGGUGCCAUUCGAAUGAAACAGGCGUUCUCCUCGUCUCCAUCCACUAAAGCCACAAAGGAGAGCAUUGCAGAGGUCAACCGCCGCUACAAGGAGUACACAGAGAACAUGAGCACCUUCGAGACUGAGCUGGAAAACCUGCUUGGGGAGUUUCAUAUCAGAAUGAAAGGUUUGGCUGGAUUUGCAAGGCUUUGUCCAGGAGACCAGUAUGAGAUUUUCAUGAGAUAUGGACGACAGCGGUGGAAGUUAAAGGGAAGAAUUGAAGUGAACUCUAGGCAAAGCUGGGAUGGAGAUGAGAUGGUGUUUAUGCCUCUGAUAACUGACCUCAUCAAUAUAAAGGUGACAGAGCUGAAGGGCCUGGCCACUCACAUGUUGGUGGGCAGCGUGAUCUGUGAAACUAAGGAGCUGUUCACAGCGAUGCCUCAAGUGGUGGCAGUGGACGUCAACGACCUGGGCACCAUCAAACUCAACCUGGAGGUCACGUGGUACCCCUUCGAUGUAGAGGACCUGACCCUCUCAUCUUCCAAUGUGAGCAAAGCCGCAGCCAUCCAAAGACGAGUGUCUGUCUACAGCCAGGGUACACCAGAGACCCCCACCUUUCAGGACACCUCCUUCUUUUCCACUUUACCAGAUGAUGUCUUUGAAAACGGGGGCUGCGGUGUGGCCGAAUGCAAGCGCCUUUCUUUCACCUUCUCGGACACUUCUGUUUCCACGCCGAGCCCCGCCCCCAGCACACACUCAACCGUCCAAUCAAAUCCUGAGAUCACAGUCACGCCCCCAGAAAUGGACCUAUUGCCUUCGCACUUUUUACCACCACGGGAAGACUCCAUCGCAGAGGAACAUUUGGUGGAGGAGGAUGAGGAGGAGUACGAGGAAGAUGGGGAGACAGCCAGUAGGGGAAGUCGCAGGACGAGUGGUAGUUUGGCCAGCGACGAGGCGGAGGUGGCAGAGGACUCGGAAUGGGAGCGCACAGAAUCCCAAAGAAAUUCGGGAUCUCAUUGUGGAUCUGCUGCCGUGUCUGUGUGUUCAGAAAACCACUUGGCAACUGUAGCACCGGAGGAUGUUUUUCUAGACCAAGGAGAUGAACUAAAACCCGUGGAGUUGGACACAGAGGAGCCAGGUAAUCUGACACGGCAGUUGGUGAAGAGGCUGACGUCUUCUGAGAUCGAGCCCCCCGUGGUGAGCUCAGGGGAGGCAGGGGGAGUGGGUUUGAGCUGGACUGGGGAGGGCAGCAGGGCUUUUCUGGAGAGCGGCCUGGAGGAGGCGAUCCACAGCCUGCUCAUGAGGCUCGAGGCUCUGACACACCGAUGUAGAGAGCUGCAAGAUCUGGAGCAGGAAGUCAUGAGAUUUGAAGACAUCCUGAAGUGUCGCCUCCCUGGCCACAGGAGUCGCUCGUCCAGCCUCAGUCUGACAGUGGAGAGCGCUUUGGAGAGUUUUGACUUCCUCAACACGUCUGAUUUUGAUGACGAAGACACAGGAGACUACAACACAGUCCUCAACACCCCCCCACAGAGGUCGCCAGUGUUUGACGCAGAUGGAGAAGCGAUCGGGGGUCAACAUCCAGAGGCCAGAGGGCACCUGAGUGAAGCACUGACAGAGGACACUGGGGUGGGCAACAGUGUGGCAGGAAGCCCCUUACCUCUCACCACUGGGAAUGAAAAUCUGGAUGUGGCUAUUGUCAUUCACCUCCAGCACUGCAACCAUCUCAUCCAGUUGCUGUCCAGUGGUGUGCGAGUGUGGCAGAAACGCAGCCUGCUGAACAAACUUGCUGAACAGACAGAGAUGCUGGAGGAGCUUUCAGAAAUCACUGCAGAGAAAAUGGGAGCCAUCACAUGUGUCCCUGAUGUGCUCCCAGGCCUCGCAGAGCGCUCAAAGAUGAUGUCUUUGUGGUCAGAGUGCAGCGGCUCCUGUGGAAUUUUCCACACCACACUGGACCGCGUUUUGAAGCACAUGAACCAGUGUUUUACCACCGCCCUGCAGGAGAAACACCCACACAGUGCUGAGAAAGUGAUCAGUGUGGUUGUGGGCGAGAUGGUGGACAAGACUGACCUGGUAGCGGGGUCCCACUCUGCAGUGACUGCCCUGUCCCAGGAUGUCCUGACUGUGUUCCAGUUCAACUGUUAUGUGUUACAACAUGGAGUCCACGACAUGGAGAUGCACCUGCUCAACCUGGCCAGAGAGGAGGUGUUUGCUGAGGCCAUAUUGAGUGGGGAUCACAGCCUGUGUCUGUCAGAGCUACAGGGGGUGUCCUUGUCAUCACUUUGGCCACGAAACCAAACCCUGAGGUCCCUGGCUGCACUCCUCACUGCAGCAGACCCAGAGGUGAACAAGGCUGCAGCAGACUACCUCUCCUCCGCACCCUCCAACAGCUUCUUCAGGACCAGGGCAGUGGAGUGCUACACCCAGGCGUUGUCCGAGGCCGGGGUCCAGAGCCAAAGAGCAGCCUGCUCAGCACUCAGCUGUCUGCAGGCUGUUGAGAGCAUAAAGGCUGUGGUGGCUUUGUGCGAUUCAGCUGAUGAAGAGUUGCGGCACGUUGCCAUAGAAACGCUUCUUACUUUUGGUGACGAGGGGCGGCUGGCGUACGAACAGUUGGAUGCUGUACCAGGCGAGAUGCUGCGCUUGGGGACACGUCGGGGCAACGCUGUCACCACUGCCUUCUGAGUCACACUGAUCACUCCACAUUUGACCUCCGCUGAAGCCGCUCUACUGCAGUGCAUUGGAGACUAAACUAUCACAGUUUACACCGCUCUGACGCUGCCUCCAUAAAGACAAACAAAACUACAACUAUUUAACCCAGAUGUUACUUACCCUUCAUCUGACUGCUUUCUGAGCCAGGAUGACCACUCAACUUAUACUAUAUACUUUUGCUUUGGGUGUAAGCUGAUGCUUCACAGAUCAAAGUAUAAUUACUUUAAACUGUAAUGCACAUAAUAAUCUUAACAGGUUUCUCAAAUGAAUUACAAUUUUCUGUACUUUAGAAAACGGUCGACUGCUAGAGGCGCUUUACAUGCACUGUCACAAGGCUCGCAAAUAUGUCUUAUUUUACUCAAAUGUUUCAAUUGUCUGUUUUUGUUGAGUUUUAUGUUUCAAGGACUUUUUCUGAAUGACAUGUUUGGCAGUGUGGACCAGUAUCACAGAAGAUCUUCUGUAAAACGUUGAGCCUUGAGGAAAAUCAGUUUACAACUUUGGGGAAGAAAACGUCAGGAAAAAUGCCCCGUCUCGUUUUGUGUAUCAGUUUUUCAUGCUUGCAGCUUAACAAGUGCAAUUUGUUGUAUAUAUUUGUAAUUUUAUUAGCUUUUAACCAGUAUAAUGUUAAGCAGGUUCUUUAAACUGCUCUUUUGUAAGUUAUUUUUCCUUGGCUUAGCAGGCACCAAGCCAGCCUGUGGCAAUAGUAAUGUGAGCAAUGGUGAGCUUGCGUUCUAAGUACUGAACUGUUUCAAGGUGUGCAAACGUUUAAUUUAAAUGAAGUUUCAUUCAUGAGAAAGCUGCAGGGUGGACUUUGAUUUCUUUAAAUUCAGUCUGGAAAACGGGGCCGAUUUGAAAUGUUUUUAACCUCUUUAUAACUACUGAGUCCAGUGCUGGUGCACAAUGACAAAGUCUCACUUGUUUUAUUUAUUAUUUACUCCUAUUCUAAUAUACUGAAGUUAUAUCAUAUAAUGGUGACAUUAUGUAAAUUAACUGUACAUUUGUUUUAUUUUGGAUAAGUCUCAUCCAAUAUUUGUUACCAUGCAAGUUACUGCAUGCACAACUUUACAAAUAGUUUUUUAAAAUUCUAGACUAUAUUCUGUUAUAUUAGAUUUAAAUUUAUUCAAAUAUGCUUACUGUAUUUUCAAUGGCAUAGUGUAUGAGAUAUGAUUUAAAAACCAUAACCAAAGCAAAAUUAUUGGUCAUGUAAUUAAUCCAGGCAGAAUGUUUUUUUUAAAUAAGUCUACAGAACUAAACAUUAAAAGCACAAUUUAAUUCCACAUGAAUCAUGUUUGGUCUAAAAGCCAUACUGAUCAAGUUGUACUGUUUUUUAAUCAAGUGUUUUGUACAAUAUGUAAAUGUUUUUACUCCACUCAUUUGUGAAUAUAACAGUAUUUGGGAUAGUGCCUAGUCAGUGGCACAAAAACACUGACAACAUAGUUUGUGCAUUGUUCCUUUGGCUUCAGUACUGAUCCUUUGCAUAAAGUGUGAUUAGCGUUUUCACCUGCUCACAUUACAAUAAAGUUUUAUUUUUGCA